AUGUCUGCUGCUACAUCAACGACAACUACAACAACGACAAUGACAACUACCAUGAUGUCCAAUACCACCAUCAAGAAGAAUACAAUGACGCCAACAAAGAGCAUACCGAUACUGCCUCUAAAGUCACUGCCUCCAUUACCUCCUUAUAGUAGUAGUCCUCAGUUGGGUGGCAGUGGCAGUGGCAGUAGCACGCCAAACAAGUCGAUAGAGAUGUAUAGGAAGCAGACAAUGUUGUCUCAACAACAAUCUUAUAAACAGUUUCAGUUGCAGGAUGGACAGCCUCAGCCAUGGCGCUACGCAAUCACACCUGGAAGGAUCAGAGCGGCUUCAUCCGUUCCCGUACCCUUGCACUAUCUCUCGCCCACCUUCCAUCUGUCCGAGACGACCUCCUCCACACCACGUUCACUAUCACCGCCACAAUUCCAAUCAUCACCAUCAACUUCAUCACCAUCAUCACCAGUCCUCCUCAGCAGCAGCUACAACAACUCACCAAGUCUCAAGCCGAUUAACCACCUUCCAAGCAUUGCCACUCAGAAUCAUCAACAACAUCAACAACAUCAUCAGCAGCAACAUCAGCAACAGUGGAGUCCACCUCAGCAGCAUAGAUCAGGUGACAUGGGAUCAGACAAUGGUAGCAGUUCACCUAUGUCACCAAGUUCACAGCUACGCAAACAGACAUUUAUAGGCAAGCUAAAGGAUUUGAUCGCCGCCAACAACAACAACAGCAGCAUUGGCGGUAACAAUGGCAACAGUGUAUGUAUAUCUCAAACAAACGAUUGA